CUCUCUCUCUCUCUCCCCUCUUUUCUUGUCUCUGUUCUUCAUUCAUUCCUCAGAUUCUCUUCACUCCCAAGAUUAACCACAAAACCAUUUCCCCCCCUACAACCCUUUUUCCCAGAUCCAACAUUGUCCUGUUUACCUCUUCAAUUUGGCAAGUUAGGGUUUUCUUUUCACUUUCAAUCCCCAUCGUUUCCCCUCCAGGUUUGGUCCACCUUCCAUAAAUUUCACUGCACACGAGCUCACUCUCCAUUCCCGGUUCAUUAUUCCUAUCUGGGUCGGCUUUCCCCCGUCCCGAUUCAGCCCGCGAACUUCCUUUUCUUAGUCCCAGAUCAGAGCUUCAGUUUGGCGGGUUUUUCUACAGAAUUCGGGCUUUUUGGGUUGUUCAAGUUAUUUUCUUGGUGGGUGUAAGAAUUGCCCGACUCUCUCGUUCGGGAUUGUUGAUCGAGGGGAACUCAGACUGUUGGGAUUUGGAUUUUGGUUGGCGAUGCAUGUGACGAAUUGCUGGAAUUUUGGGGGUUAAAGUUCGGAGCUUUUUGUCUCCCUCCUUUGGCUGCUGAAGGUUAAUUAUGAGCUUUGGGCUUUGAAACCGCUCGAAAGAAGGGUUUGGAGCGGUUUGAUUUCUGUUUGGUGACUCUGCAUGUACAGGCCAUAAAGAGGGGUCCUCUGCUCAACUGUAGAGGAUCCCUGCUGUCUCCUCCUUUCUUCCCAAUCAUUGUCGUUGGGGAGAUCGUUGAAUUGGAAGAACUGUAGAGCCUCUUGGUUCUUUGAGGAUUCCUAGAAUUGGUUCUACUUGGCCUGCAUUGGAUACUGGAGAUGUUUGCUUCCGGUUCAGAUACCGGCCAUGAGAGUCUGGGAGUAGUGCCUAUGCGGUUUGUUUGGCCUUAUGGAGGGAGGAGUGUGUUUCUCUGUGGCUCUUUCACUAGGUUGGUUUGCUACUACAUAUAUCAAAGCUGCUACGGUUCUUGUAAUGACUGAUAACUGGUUCUAUGACGAUGAAUAAUCAUUUCGGUUCUGAAUGCAUUUCUUAUCUCCGCAGGUGGAUUGACCACAUUCCCAUGUCCCCGAUGGAGGGUUGUCCUACUGUAUUUCAAGUUAUUUGUAGUUUGACGCCUGGAUAUCACCAGUAUAAAUUUAUUGUCGAUGGAGAGUGGCGGUAUGAUGAGCACCAGCCGUUUGUAAGCGGUAAUUACGGAGUGUCAAAUACAGUUUUUUUACCUAGGGAGCCAGAUGUAAUCCCUGCAACUUUUAGUCCUACUGGGCCCGGGAGAUCUAGCAUGGACCUGGAUGAUGUCUUUGUUCAUUCGGAUGUGGUCCGUGGCAUAUCAGAUGCUGAUUUGGAAGUCUCUCGUCACAAGAUUUCUGCAUUCUUGUCGACACAUACUGCAUAUGAGUUGCUCCCUGAGUCAGGCAAGGUUAUUGCAUUGGAUGUUAAACUACCAGUAAAGCAAGCAUUCCAUAUUCUCCACGAACAGGGUGUUCCUGUGGCUCCUCUUUGGGAUUUCUCGAAGGGUCAGUUUGUUGGGGUUCUCAGUGCAAUGGACUUUAUCCUGAUUCUCAGAGAGCUUGGAAAUCAUGGAUCAAAUUUGACAGAGGAGGAGUUGGAAACUCAUACGAUUUCAGCUUGGAAAGAAGGCAAGUUGCACCUCAGCAGACAAAUCGACCACAAUGGAAGAUCAGAUCCUAAGUAUCUGAUCCAUGCUGGGCCUUAUGAUUCGUUGAAAGAUGUUUCUCAGAAAAUCUUGCGGGGUAAUGUAUCAACAGUUCCCAUCAUCCAUUCUUCAUCUCAAGAUGGUUCAUUUCCACAGCUAUUACAUCUAGCUUCACUUUCUGGAAUACUAAAAUGUAUAUGCAGGCAGUUUAGGCAUUCUGCUAGUACUUUGCCCAUUUUGCAACAGCCAAUUUGUUCGAUUCCUUUAGGUACAUGGGUUCCUAAAAUUGGGGAAUCAAAUCCGAGGCCUGUUGCAGUCUUGAGACCCAAUACUUCUCUCGGUGCUGCCCUGUCAUUGUUAGUUCAAGCUGAUGUCAGUUCAAUUCCGAUUGUAGAUGACAACGAUUCACUUCUGGACAUUUAUUCUCGGAGGUUUGUAUUUAAUUCUCGUCUGUCUGCUGUGGCAUUGCAGUUGGGGCAAGACGUAAGUUCCCCUUACAACGGACAGCGAUGUCACAUGUGUUUGAGAUCUGAUCCGCUUCACAAAGUGAUGGAGCGAUUAGCAAGCCCUGGGAUUCGGAGGCUAUUGAUAGUCGAGGCUGGAAGCAAGCGAGUUGAAGGGAUCAUCUCGUUAAGUGACGUGUUCAGGUUCUUGCUCGGCUAAAAGUUUUGGUUGGUAUGAUCAAGGAGAAGAAGAAGAGCCAGAACGUGUGGAUUUUCAGUCUUUUUAAGUUGGAGGAGGGGCCUAAGAUCUCCCAAUGGUCAUUCUUUCCACUUAAUUUUUAGAAUAGAGAAAUUCCAAAGAGCCAGAAAAGAAUAUGCAAAUUGUGAGUAUUCAUUUUUACCCUCCCCUUCCUUUUUCCUCCAAGCCUUUACCGUCCAUGAUGAUAUUUACUGGCUUCUUUUUGCCUCAAAAGUAAAAAGAACAAAUCUUUACAGCUUUGAUAGAAGUAAAGUAAAGUUUAUGAGGCUGAAAUUUGCAGUUUUGAGUGCAUAGGGGAACUUGGUGGUGGGCUGUAAUAAGAGAUGUAUGUGGGCAUUGGGCAACUAGUGAAUCAUACUAAUAUUUUUGUUAAUAGAUCAUCGUUCCCAAAAGAGUAUUUCUAUCUCAUUUUGCCUUCAGUUGGGUUUUCAUCAAA